AUUCUCAGCUCCACAGUCUGGAAAAUGUGUUUCUUGAGUCCCUGUUGAAGUAAAGAUGGUCAUCCAGGAGAAACUGGGAGAUAGCAUAAAUCUUCGUAGACAACUUGGCUGCAAGCAGUUAAACUGAAAUUAACUUCUGCCUUCUGGCUGCAGAGUGCUAGUCUGACAUUCCUGCGUGAUACUCUGCAGACUAAACCAUGCCAGCUUUAUCAACUGGAUCUGGAAGUGACACAGGUCUGUACGAGCUGCUGGCUGCAUUGCCAGCCCAGCUGCAGCCACAUGUGGACAGCCAGGAAGACCUGACCUUCCUCUGGGAUAUGUUUGGUGAAAAAAGCCUUCAUUCACUGGUGAAGAUUCAUGAAAAACUGCAUUAUUAUGAAAAACAGAACCCAGUGCCCGUCCUCCAUGGUGCAGCAGCCUUGGCAGAUGAUCUGGCUGAGGAGCUGCAGAGCAAGCCACUGAGCAGCGAGAUCAGAGAACUGUUGAAACUCCUCUCAAAACCCAACCUCAAGGCUUUGCUCUCUGUACAUGAUACUGUUGCUCAGAAGAACUACGAUCCUGUCUUGCCCCCCAUGCCUGACGACAUUGAUGAGGAAGAAGAUUCCGUUAAAAUAAUCAGGCUUGUCAAAAACAGGGAACCAUUGGGGGCUACCAUUAAAAGGGAUGAACAUACUGGUGCAAUUGUGGUGGCCAGGAUAAUGCGUGGAGGAGCUGCAGAUAGAAGUGGUCUUAUUCAUGUUGGUGAUGAACUGAGGGAAGUCAAUGGGAUUCCCGUAGAUGAUAAAAAACCCGAAGAAAUAAUACACAUUUUGGCUCAGUCUCAAGGAGCAAUUACAUUUAAAAUUAUACCUAGUGUGAAGGAAGAAAUGCCAGUGAAGGAGGGCAAGAUGUUUAUCAGAGCCCUAUUUGACUAUGAUCCUAAUGAGGAUAAAGCAAUCCCUUGUAAAGAAGCUGGACUUGCUUUCAGAAGAGGAGAUAUCCUUCAGAUCAUGAGCCAGGAUGAUGCAACCUGGUGGCAGGCCAAACACGAAGGUGAUGCCAAUCCCAGAGCAGGCUUGAUCCCUUCAAAGCAUUUUCAGGAGAGGAGAUUUGCACUAAGAAGACCAGAAGUGCAGAUUCAGCCACUGAAAAUUUCCAACAGAAAAUCAUCUGGUUUUAGAAGAAGCUUUCGUCUUAGCAGAAAAGAUAAAAAAACAAACAAAUCUAUGUAUGAGUGCAAGAAGAGCGAUCAGUAUGAUACAGCAGAUAUCCCAACAUACGAAGAAGUUGCAAAAUAUAAACGACAACCUAAUGACAAAUACAGGCUUGUAGUUUUGGUGGGCCCCGUGGGGGUUGGACUGAAUGAACUUAAGCGGAAAUUGCUGAUCAGCGACACCCAGCAUUACGGGGUAACGGUGCCACACACUACCCGACCAAGGAGAAGCCAAGAAAGUGACGGUGUCGAAUACAUUUUCAUUUCCAAGCACUUGUUUGAGACAGACGUACAGAAUAACAAGUUUAUCGAGUAUGGCGAGUACAAGAACAACUACUAUGGUACCAGUUUAGAUUCUGUUCGAUCCGUUCUAGCUAAAAACAAAGUUUGUUUGUUGGAUGUGCAGCCUCAUACAGUGAAACACUUACGGACAUACGAGUUUAAACCAUUUGUUAUAUUUAUAAAGCCUCCAUCACUUGACCGUUUGAGAGAGACCAGAAAAAAUGCCAAGAUUAUUUCAAGUAAAGAUGAUAAGGGAACUGCAAAACCCUUUACAGAAGAAGAUUUUCAAGAAAUGAUUAAAUCUGCCCACGUGAUGGAGAGCCAGUAUGGCCACCUUUUUGAUAAGGUGAUAGUCAACGAUGACCUCGCUACAGCUUACAGUGAGCUCAAAACAACUUUUGACAGGUUGGAGACAGAGACCUUCUGGGUUCCCAUCAGCUGGCUGCAUUCAUAAUAAUGUUUUAAAAACAGAAAACAUUUGCUGUUGUCUCAGCAUCUAAAUAUGGGACAUGGUUAGGCAUUACUGGCUGGCCGCUUUCUUGGUAAGAGGGCUUUCUAACUCAACCUGAGUAGCAGGCACGCUCUUCAUGCACUUGGAACUGGUCUUGUUUUCCUGUGUCUUCAAUCCUCCUGCCCACAAUUUUGGGGCAGAACAGUCAGAUUAAAGCGAUGUCAUACUAUGCUCCAUAAAGUGAUCUAAUACUAGUGUAACAAAACUGCCAAACGCCUCUUUAUCAUCAGCUGUGUAUUUCCAAGGUAAGCUUUUUUUAACCGGAGAGUUUGCAGAAGAUACUAAUUAAUACCAGAGAUCAGCACUUUGAUGAUUUUAAGCGUAACUGCUCCCAUAAAGAGCACAUCAGCACUUGGAAGUUAUUACCCCUUAAGUGCUUGAGAGAACUGAGACAGGCAAAAGUGACCAACAUUUUUAUGAGGAAGGCAUCUUAGUUUUAAUUACGUCUCAAGAUAAGUGUUUCUACUUUUCCAGAUGUGAACCUUGUCUAACAUGUACGAGUGAUUUUAAUAUUCCUUUGCACUUACACAGUCACGGAAAGAAAGGUGUAUUCAGUGGCUACCUGUGAAAUACUCUGCUGUGAGCAUGCAUGGAUUGAAAAUAUUUUCAUGCAUGCUUUGUGGCACCACAAGGAAAACUCAAGGGAAUAUUUAUUUAAAUAGGGAAAAAUGUGAGUUACUAUGUAUAUAACUUCAAAGUCUUUGGGAUUAAUCUUCUGUAAAAUCAGUGGCAAAGUGAUACGAAUAACAACAAGGUAAAGUUAUUUUUUUUUUCCUUUUAAAUUGAUUUCAAACAUUGUUGGCCUCCUUUAGAACAGUUUUCCCAUCAGAACAAUUAGCGAGGAAACCUUGGAGAUCUGGGAAGCAGUUGCAAGAGAUGAAUUCUUUUUAUUGUUUAGUUUGUAGUGAUACUUUUUAGUAGUGUAACAGAUAUUUGUCUCCACUCAAAAAUAAAUUAAUGCUGUAGACUUCACUGUAAAAAAUCUCCUUGUCACUGGUCAGACACUGUU